AUGCUUCAGGAACAGUCUGCGUCGAUGAGCGCGGUGAUGAAUAACACGCCCACAACGGUCGCGGCCUUGGCUGCGGUCGCUGCAGCCUCUGAGACAAACGGGAAGCUAGAGUCGGAGGAACUGCCAAAGAUUAUAAUUCCCAAACCUAAGAGUAGUUCCCAACUAGAGCAGCUGCUGUAUCGGUACAGGGCCAUUCAGAACCACCCCAAAGAGAACAGGUUGGAAAUGGCGGCCAUAGAGGACACAUUAAGAGUUAUAUCACGUGACCAAGAUAUUUACGAGACUAAACUAGACACUUUGAGGAAGAGCAUCGAUGAAGGAUUUAACUACAAAGAAGGUCUACUUCAGAAGCAUUUGGUUGCAUUACAAUUACUGGAGAAAGAUACAGACAUCCCCGACUAUUUGUUAGACUUAUCAGAUAUUGAUAGUGAUGAAACUGCAGUAGAAGAGGCGGAUUUCUCUGGGAAGAAGCCAAUAAAGAUUUCAAUGGAUUUUAAUGCAAAGGCCAAAAGUUUGGGUUUGGAAUCAAAAUUUUCGAAUACUGCGAAGACCGUAUUGGGCGAUCCAGAAACCGAAAUAACUAUUUCUGCCCGUAUAUCCAACAGAAUCAGCGAAUUGGAAAGGUUACCUGCCAAUUUGGGUACGUACUCAUUAGACGACUGUUUGGAGUUUAUCACAAAAGACGAUUUAUCCUCCAGAAUGGAUACUUUCAAGAUCAAAGCUCUUUUGGAAUUGAAGAGCUUGAAGCUUUUGACCAAGCAAAAAUCUAUCAGACAAAAAUUAAUCAAUAAUGUUGCUAGUCAGGCACAUCACAACAUUCCGUAUUUACGUGAUUCUCCCUUUACGGCAGCUGCCCAAAGAUCCGUUCAAAUUAGAAGUAAAGUGAUUGUUCCUCAAACCGUUCGCUUAGCAGAAGAAUUAGAGAGACAACAACUGCUAGAGAAAAGGAAAAAAGAACGUAAUUUGCACUCACAAAAAAUAAACAACAUUAUUGAUUUUAUUAAAGAAAGACAAUCAGAACAAUGGUCUCGUCAAGAACGUUGUUUUCAAUUCGGUAGAUUAGGUGCUUCAUUACACAAUCAAAUGGAGAAAGAUGAACAGAAAAGAAUGGAAAGAACUGCUAAGCAACGUUUGGCUGCUUUGAAAUCCAAUGACGAGGAAGCUUAUUUGAAAUUGUUAGAUCAAACUAAAGAUACCAGAAUCACACAGUUAUUAAGGCAAACAAAUUCUUUUCUGGAUUCUUUAUCACAAGCCGUCAGAGUACAACAAAAUGAAGCGAGGAUACUCAGCGGUGAAGAAGUUCAACCAAUCACUGAUGAAGAAAGAGAAAAAACUGAUUAUUAUGAAGUGGCUCAUAGAAUCAAAGAGAAAGUCGAUAAACAACCUACCAUUCUUGUUGGUGGCUCUUUAAAGGAGUAUCAAAUACGUGGUUUAGAAUGGAUGGUCUCUUUGUACAAUAAUCAUUUAAAUGGUAUUUUAGCGGAUGAAAUGGGUUUAGGUAAGACCAUUCAAUCUAUUUCUCUAAUAACGUACCUUUAUGAAGCUAAGAAAGAUACAGGACCUUUCUUGGUCAUUGUACCUCUAUCCACGAUAACCAACUGGACAUUGGAAUUUGAGAAAUGGGCACCAAGUUUAAACACCAUCAUUUAUAAAGGCACACCAAAUCAAAGACAUACUUUACAACACCAAAUUAGGAUUGGGAACUUCGAUGUUCUAUUAACAACUUAUGAGUAUAUUAUCAAAGACAAAUCCCUUUUGGCCAAACACGAUUGGGCCCAUAUGAUCAUUGACGAAGGUCAUAGAAUGAAAAAUGCCAAUUCCAAAUUGUCUCACACAAUUUCUCAUUAUUAUCGUACUAGAAAUAGAUUGAUUUUAACGGGUACCCCUUUACAAAACAAUCUGCCAGAAUUAUGGGCAUUAUUAAACUUCGUCUUGCCCAAAGUCUUCAACUCUGCCAAGACUUUUGAAGAUUGGUUUAAUACUCCUUUUGCCAAUACUGGUACUCAAGAAAAACUGGAAUUAACUGAAGAAGAAACAUUGUUGAUUAUCAGAAGACUGCAUAAGGUGUUAAGACCAUUUUUGUUACGUCGUCUGAAGAAAGAAGUGGAAAAGGAUUUGCCUGAUAAGGUAGAAAAAGUUAUUAAGUGUAAACUUUCCGGUUUGCAACAACAACUAUAUGAACAAAUGUUAAAACACAAUGCGUUAUUUGUUGGUGCGGGGACGGAAGGUGCCACUAAGUGUGGUAUCAAAGGGUUGAACAAUAAAAUCAUGCAACUAAGGAAAAUUUGUAACCAUCCGUUCGUGUUUGAUGAGGUAGAGGGCGUUGUAAACCCUUCAAGAGGUAACGGUGAUCUACUUUAUAGAGUUGCCGGUAAAUUUGAAUUGUUAGACAGAGUCCUACCGAAAUUCAAAGCCUCAGGCCACAGAGUACUGAUGUUUUUCCAAAUGACACAAGUUAUGGAUAUUAUGGAAGAUUUUCUGAGAAUGAAAGAUUUGAAGUAUAUGAGAUUAGACGGUAGUACAAAGACCGAAGAAAGAACAGAAAUGCUAAAUGCCUUCAAUGCCCCAAAUUCGGACUAUUUUUGUUUCCUUUUAUCUACAAGAGCAGGUGGCUUGGGUCUAAAUUUACAAACUGCUGAUACAGUCAUUAUUUUUGACACAGAUUGGAAUCCACAUCAAGAUUUACAAGCUCAAGAUAGAGCUCAUAGAAUUGGUCAAAAAAACGAAGUUAGAAUUCUAAGGUUAAUUACUACGGAUUCUGUGGAGGAAGUUAUUUUGGAAAGAGCCAUGCAGAAAUUGGACAUUGACGGUAAAGUUAUUCAAGCAGGUAAGUUCGAUAACAAAUCCACUGCAGAGGAACAAGAGGCAUUUUUAAGAAGAUUGAUCGAAAGUGAAACAAAUAGGGACGAUGAUGACAAGGCUGAGUUAGAUGAUGACGAAUUGAAUGUUACUUUAGCCAGGAGCGCCGAUGAGAAAAUAUUAUUUGACAAAAUUGAUAAAGAAAGAAUGAAUCAAGAAAGGGUGAACGCCAAAGCUCAUGGACUCAGAGUCCCACCUCCAAGAUUAAUUCAGUUGGACGAACUACCUAAGGUGUUUAGAGAAAAUAUCGAAGAACAUUUCAAAAAGGAGGAUUCCGAACCGCUGGGGAGAAUUAGACAGAAGAAGAGGGUUUAUUACGAUGACGGUUUGACUGAAGAACAAUUUUUAGAGGCAGUGGAAGACGACAAUAUGUCGCUGGAGGACGCCAUCAAGAAAAGGCGCGAAGCUCGUGAAAAGAGGAAGUUACGUCAAAAUAACACAAAAGAAAACGAAAUAGAAACUCUUGAAAAUACACCUGAAGCACCCGAGUCUCAACUCACAGAUAUCAAUAGCUCGAUUACGGCUGUGGAUGUGGACACUGCUAUUGAUAAGGAACCGGUAGUUUCCACGUCCAAACGUCGCACAACUAGAAGGAAAAGAACCAUCGCAGUUAUUUCAGGGGAAGGUAAAGAAAACUUAGAAGAAGACUAUCGUCCCCAAGAAAAUGAGAGUCCAAAGGCAGAAGAAGAACUAAAGAAUAACUCCGUUGAGAUUAUAGGUGGAUCAGAAUCUAGGAGAAAGAAACCUAAGUUGACAGUCAAGAUUAAGUUAAAGAAGACGCCUGCGAUGGACAAUAAUGAUACCAGCCAACCAGAGGAGAAACCAGAGGGGAAAUCAGAGGAAAAAUCACCUGUAAAGAAAGCUCCAGCCAAAAAAAUGAAAGCUAAACCCAAGCCUCUUGGACUGUUCCCUUUGGUGGAAAAACUAGUAGAAAUGAUGCGUGAACAGUUGGACGAAGUAGAUUCCCACCCAAGAAUUUCCAUUUUCGAAAAACUUCCAUCAAGACGCGACUAUCCAGAUUACUUCAAGGUCAUCGAAAAACCCUUGGCCAUCGACAUUAUAUUGAAGAACUGCAAAAACGGCACGUAUAAGACUUUGGACGAUGUAAAACAAGCCUUAAAAACGAUGUUUGACAACGCAAGAUUUUACAACGAAGAGGGAUCCUGGGUUUACAUUGACGCCGACAAGCUGAAUGAGUUUACCGAUGAAUGGUUCAAAGAAAACUCGCCCUAG